AUGACGGAGGAAACCGUCAACGUUGCAGAGACUUCUCCGUUCCAAUACGAUUGGAAGUAUCUUGACGAUACUGCAAUCAGCAAUUGGAAACAGACGGUCGACACUUUGACGUCUCAGGUCGUCAACAAAGACGUUUCUCCAACCGAAGUGUUUUACGAGAUUGUUCUUUGUCUCAACGAUUUUAACACAAGAAUAUCCAUAAACAACUUAAUUACUCUCGCAAACACUAUCAUCUCGACAAUUCCAAACGUCAAGGAGAGACAAGAAUUGUCUAUUCAGUUUUUGAUAGUGUUCCAGGCCUCGAAUCCAAAGCCUCAUCUCAACGCAUUUAUCCAAUCCGUUAGAAUCGACAACCAAUUCAAACGACAAUACCUAGAUUAUUCCAUCCUGAAAACCGGGCUGUUUCCCGACUACAAUAAAUGUUACUUCAACGAUGCAAGAGUCAACGAUUAUGGAGUGGUAACGUACUCCUCGUUGCACGAGUCGAGUGAAGGAUACUCCAAGUUGGCUGUUGAAUUGUUGGACAUUUUCCACCAGGAGGACAGCUUAUGCAAAAUUGGAUAUUACACACGCGUGAUUGAGCGUCUGAUUGGACAUUUCCGUCUGGAUCUGUCGAGAUCCGCUCUUCUCAUGCUCAGCAUAUUUGCAUUGAACGUUGACAAGAACGAAUCAUUAAUACUGGAAAUCAUCAAAAAGAGCAUCUGGGUUUCGAAAGAGUCUUCAACUUUGCAAUCCGUGGUUGUCUCUUUUUUGCUUGAUACAGACUACAAGGAACGGGUUCCAGUGGAACUCAAGCUGAUUGUUUUGCUGAUCAAAGAGGGACUAUUGGAGUUCCAUUCGAUCUUCAACUCUUUGAAACCUUUGGAGUUCGAGUCCGACGCCAAUUUCGUAGUGGUUCCAAGGGAAAACCAGGAACUUGAGCAGUUGAACACUCAACAUCAACAGGAGACGAAAGAAAACGCGUUUAAAGCGACAGCUUCCGCUUUGGCCCUAGCUGCUCCACUAGUUCUCUCUGACGACGAAGACGAGGAGAUGAAAGAUGCAAACAAGCCCAUGAAAGCCCAGGAUUCCACGCCUAUACAAAAGACGAUCCCCGUCAAGGAAAAAACACCAUACAUUGCGAAGAUCCAGUUUCUCAAGUACAUUCUUCACUACAAAAUGUACAACGAGGCAAUGUUCAUUUUAGUCCAGUACCCAUUUUUGCCGCUUAUUGACGAACAGAUCUGUGAUUCCGUUAACAAAUUGGCCGAUGAAAUAGUCACGCCGUACUACAGACAAAUUGGAAUCAAGGGAAUAGGAGAAACCACUGAAGUGACAGAUUUCAUGCUGGUGUCGUCUUUUGAAGACUUGGUGAACUUUUCAAACCAGUUUCUUUGCUUCACUGGCACAAGAAUUGCUCAGAGCGCUUUGCUAUUUACCAAAAUCAUCAGAAUUUUGAGGCAUGAGCUCCAAAAAGGCACAGACAAGCAAGACGUGUUGCAAUACUUCCGCAAGUUUGUUUUCCCUGCGCUCGCUUUUGCAAACAACAUGGCUGUUGUUAACGAAGCAUUUUCAAUUUUGUCCGAUUUUUACCCCUUACAAGUGCGUUACAACCUUUACGGAGAAUAUCAGAACGUUACUGUCAAGACGAAUGACGAGAUCAAGCAGAAACACGACAUUGCAGAAAAGAAAACCAAAGACAUCCUCAAACGGUUGUCAACAGAGAACGGAGGUGUUCAGAUGCGCCAGCUCACCAGAAUUGCGUACUGCAAUCCUUUGGCCGUCACUGCAACGUUUGUGAACCACAUUGAGAGUUACAGCAGUUUGAGUGACUUGAUAGUCGAGGCUUCGCAAUUUUUUGGCCCGUUUGUGUGGGAUGCGUUGACUUUCCAGCUUUGCAACAAGCUAAGCUCAAACAGACAAGCUAUGCAGGAAGAUGGACUCAAUUAUAUGCAAUGGAUCCAGAACCUCUCUUCGUUUAUUGGAAAGCUGGCAAAGAAUAGACUACACCAGUUCCAACUGGACCCGAUAAUCACGUUGAUUGUUAAGAGUCUGAACAAUGGUCAGAUUGACUACAUCAUUUUGGUGAAUGAGCUGAUAGCGUCUAUGAGUGGUGUGCAACAGAUCAACAACUUGACAGCGAAACAGGUUUUCUUGUUGAACUCUGAAAGUAGUCUACAAAAACUUGUUUACAUGGUGAUUGAAGAUCAUAGGGGCGAUUCGAGAGCAAGUUCACGCAAGCUGCUCAACUGUCUGACUGAUCUGGAUGUUUUGGGAGAGUUAUUCAUUUUAUUGGCAAACUUGCCGGAUAAGAUCGUGGAUAAGUCGCACGCUCCAUUAAAAAUCCUUAAUCGUCGAUGUGACGAGCUCAACUCAUUAAUCCAUACUUUUACCACGCUGAUCGACGAAAACCUUCCAACCAAUGUGUUUGUCACCAAGAUGGUGUCUCUUGAUAUGCUGAUAAAGCAGUUUAGAGUCCGUCCUGUCUGGGCUUUCCAAAUCUGGAGAAGACACCUUAGCAGACAGUUGAAGGCCAAUCCGGGACUUAUUGACGAGCUAGAGGCAGAUCUCUGUGCCGUUCUGUCUAUCGACUGGGACACGAUGAGUGCCAGUUUCUAUGCCGAUUUUUGGCAGCUCUCGCUAUAUGAAAUCUGCUACGAGAAGAUUUCGUACUCGAACGAACUGGCAGAAAUCAAAACCAAGAUUAGCACGCUAAACAAAAAGCUCGUCAUGUCUCGCAAGGACAAGGAUUUCCCAAAGAAGGAGCUGAAGAGACUGGAAAGAGAGUUGAGUCAAUUGCAUAGUAUCUCUGCUGGUGUCAAGAACGACGGUCUUACUCACGAAAAGAAUUAUCAGUACAAGAUGGAGGUUCUGAAAUCCAGGAAAGACCAAUGGUUCAAUGAUGUUACUGAUGAGGAGACUAUUUCCAAAAGUACCAGUCAGAUCUUGGAGCACUGUUUGUUACCAAGAUUGGUUCACUCGCCGUUUGAUGCUGUUUAUAGUGCCGAGUUCUUGUUCUUGGCUCAUUCAUUGAAUGCAGCAGGUUUUUCGCUGGUUUACCUUUUGAACGAGCUGUUCACUGCUUCUUUCAUGCUUCCUACAUUUUUCACUAGCACAGCUUCCGAGACCGAGAACUUUGGAAUUUUCUACUCACAAGUGCUAAAACAGCUCAACGUUUGGAGAUCAUCCGAAGAAGUUUACAAUAAGACAGCGUUGGGUAAAGAAGGUGACGAAGAGCCAUCGUUAACUGGACUAAAGCCACCAGGAGGAGACGUUUUGAGCCACGAAGAGUUCCGGAAGACAUUGUUCAAUUGGCACAAGGCGCUUCAGAAACAGAUCAUUGCCGCAUUGGACUCAGAACAGUACACCACCAGAAACAAUGCUAUUAUAUUCCUCAAGAAUCUUCUUGGAGAGUUCCCAGUUGUUGAAGACCAUUCUGAGCUUUUGACACGGAAACUGUCGUCCAUCUAUGCAACCGACACAAGAGAGGAUAUCAAACUCGCUUCCAAUGCGUUGUUUGUGCUCACAUCGUCCAAGAAAUCUGGGUGUAUGCCUAUUUGGGAAUUCUACGAGAUGGAUCCCGAGGAAAAAGAGGUUUUGGUGAAGAAACGAGAGGAGAAAGUUGCUGCGGAGCGGGCACGCCUUGCCGAGUUGGAGCGCAUAGAGCGUGAAAAGCGUGAGGCCGAGCGGAAGGAGCGCGAAAAGUCCAACCCUACUGCCAAACCUUAUGGUUUGGUUGGGUUGCAAAAGAGAGAAAAGAAAGAAACCAAGGAGCCUGUUAAAUCGGAUGCUAACGAGGAGCUCGAGCAGAAGGAGGCAGCAAAGGAUCCGGUUCUAGAUACCGAGGACGAAGACAAGAUGGAAGGAAUCGACUCCGAGAAGUCCAAGCCAAGCACAGCGGAAGAACCUGCUAAAGAAACCAGUCCGGAAAUCAAACCCGAGGUGGGGACCAAUGUCGACAACGAGAAAAACACAGAGAUUAGGGUCGAAGGAGAGAGUAAGGAGACCAAACAGACGAGCACUGAACCAGAAACCAAGUCCGAGGCCAAAGAAGAGCUUGUUCAGGACAAAAGCCGGACUGCGUCGAAAUCGCCAGCUCCAACCGGAUCGUCUGCGCUUUUGGCCCGGUUGGAGGAGGAAAAACGGCUGCUUUUGCAAAGACAAGUAUCGAACCCUACAAGUUCUGGUUCUUCGCCAUCAUCACCUCUGCCACCUCCUCCAUUACCCCCACCAUCAAAUCCUCCUCACCGCAACUUUAAAAACAGUCGCGACUACAAACAGAAAGAUUUUUCAUCACACAGAAAAUCAGCCAGUUCCAGACACAAUGGAGCAGAUUACAACUCUGAUAGGCCCGCAGACCGCAAGCGGCGGUAUGAUGGGUACUCUGGUCCUAGAAACAAGCGUCCUCAUUAUUAA